CAGAUGGACCCUUCUGCACUCCCUGAACGCUCCCAUCCAAACCACCAACAUGGAGAUCCCACCGAAGGCGGCUCGUACACAUGGCAACAUCAACGAUAAAUCGAGUGAUGAAGAGGAUUUCGCGGACACACAGAACCAAAAUGUGUCUAUCUCUGUAGGAAGCCAUGGUGUGAGAUCCGAAAAAGCAGCAGUAGUGUGCCUCAUCGUGCUUGCCGUUGUUCUGUUCACUGUAGAUGUGAGCUUGGGAAUCUACUACAGCCAGCAGACAGACGCUAUGCCUCAGACCAGCGAGGGGUUUCAAAAAAUCUUAAAAAAUUACCAAAGCACAAUUGAGUCCCGAAACAGUGCGGUCCGGCAGCUGGAGAAAGAAAAGAGGCAGAUUGAGGUGACCAGGUGGGAGUUGGAGCACCAGAAGAGAAGAGGCAGAGACUACAACACAAUACUCGACAAGGCUCACCAGGAGACUGCAGGACUGCAGACCAAAGUGAAUCUCAUGACGAUGGACUGUGGACAUUGUUCACCAGGUUGGACUUACAUCCUAUCCAGAUGUUUCUACCUGUCUAAGACCAACCAAGCGAAGAGAUCCUGGACGGAGGCUAGAGGUGUCUGUAAGAGGAUGGGAGCCGACCUGGCCGUCGUAGACAGCAGUGUGAAACAGUCGGCGUUGCACAUGCAUAUACAAGACAGGAGCGAUCCCAGUGCAUCUCUGUACGGGGCAGCUUACUGGAUCGGACUGAGAGACGUGGAUGAGGAAGGCAUCUGGAGGUGGUUGAAUGGAAAGAUGCUUGCGGAUAGCUUUUGGCAUGCUGGAGAGCCAAACGAUCAGGGUAGUUCGGGAGAAGACUGCGCAGGCAUCUAUCCCGGGGUGAACCCCUACAACGCCUGGAACGACGUUCCCUGUACGCAUCCGCUCAAAUGGAUUUGUGAAAUGGACUCUCAAGACCUGUAAUUAUCACCCUAUGAUUCAAUGACUUGUGGUUGUGGAUUCAUACCGACUUGAUUAUGUUGUUGAGGUCACACGGGAAAAAUAUUUUAUCGUGUUCAAAUAUCAGACCAAACAAACAAAGAUCAAACUCAAAGAAUAAAUCAUUUAUUGAAAUUAA